CGAGCACCGCAGCCGCACGCACAGAACGCACCCGGAUCAGAUUCUACUUCACCGCUUGAUUUGUUUACUGUCUCCUCGUCUGCGUACAAGUUUGAGAAAUAGAUACUACGCAAUAUCUGCCUGUUAAUUUACAAUCAGAAGAAGUUCCUGCUUUAGUAUAUAGGACACAGUCAUGGCUUCCAUUCGUACGCUCGAGAACCGACUAUCGAGGACCACUCUUCACGACAAUCGUGGAUCUGCCUACGGUGUUGCUGGCAAGGGAAAGACUGGCUAUCUGCCAUCUUCAGGAAAUGGAACAAACGGAACGAACGCAAACAAUAAGGAAAAUGUUGCAAGUAUCUCCAGCGGUGCCGUUCGUCACCCCUUGCUGAAAUUCGCUCUUCACAACAAUGGUGCGCCUUCAAGCCGAACAUCGCAAAUGCUGCCUCCGUCAUCCCCGAAUAUGCACAAGCUAGGGCCAAACAGCCAAGUGCCUACGGGCUACGUAUCUUCGCACGACGUGGCUCAUACCCAAAACGACUCCCAUUCGUCGCCGCCAGUGGGCGCCCUGGUUAAGCAGCCGUCGGUUCCGGUACGGCAGUACUCAUUGAGUAGUUUUGAGAUUGGCCGGAAAUUGGGGAAAGGAAAAUUCGGAAAAGUGUACUGUGCUCGUGAUAAAGCCACGGGCUACGUCUGCGCUCUGAAGGUGAUGGAGAAGAAAGAACUUAUUCACUUCAAGGUUGAAAAGCAGUUUCGGCGGGAAAUCGAGAUUCAGAGUAAUCUGCGACAUCCAAAUAUUCUGAGACUGUUUGGUCAUUUCCAUGACUCAGAGCGAGUGUUUUUGAUCCUAGAGUAUGCUGGGCAAGGAGAGAUGUUUAAGGUCUUGCGGAAAAAGGGAAGAUUUGAUGAUGUCUUGGCUUCUCAGUAUAUUUGUCAGAUUGCCAGUGCCUUAUCAUACUUGCACAAGAAGCAUAUCAUUCACAGAGAUCUGAAGCCGGAAAACUUGCUGAUUGGACUUGAUGGCGAAGUCAAGCUCUCUGAUUUUGGAUGGAGUGUACAUACUCCUACAUCCAGACGCACAACCAUGUGUGGUACUCUGGAUUAUCUCCCGCCGGAGAUGGUCGAAGCCAAGGAUCACGAUUCAAGGGUCGAUCUGUGGGCAUUGGGUGUUUUGACCUACGAGUUUUUGGUCGGAAAUCCGCCAUUCGAAGAGCCCGCGCACAAAGCGACCUACAAGCGUAUCUCAAAGGUUGACUUGAAAAUUCCGCCUUAUGUCAGUGUUGAAGCCGCUGAUCUUAUUCGUCGACUCUUGCAGCAUCAACCCGAGCGCAGAUUUCCGCUAGAUCAGAUACCAGACCAUCCCUGGAUAGUCAAGAACCGGCCAUACUGGCCGACUAACAAUGCAGCAGAUAAAAAAUCAGGCUGAGAGAUCAGGCAGCUGUGUAAUGCUUUUAGGUUUAGAUAUACCAUGGUGGAAAUGGAGUUUUAAUUACCUUGAUGUGUGCUUUUAGUUUUCUUACAAUAUAAUUUGUGUUGCUAGU